UGUCAUAGCAUAGCAAGAGGGGUGUGAGAAAGAAGAGAGGAACCAGGACAAAGUGUUGUGGCAUACAGCACUUCCUGUUUAAAGAGGGAGAGAGAGAGAGCAGCAAACUGAAGUCCUCUGAAUGAAGAUGUCAGCUACAGCAUGUUAGUACUUGAUAAGUGAGCCGGCAUCUUCUCAUUUGUGCCUCGGUAACAACAGAACCCAGUCUUGUCUGAUCCUUGAUGAACUCCCUUCAGGUCUGCUACACAAAAGCAAAGGAAAGUUUCUAUCCAGUAUAUUUGGAAGGCAUUAUGCACUUGUGUGGCUUGUACAGUCAGUAUGACAACUGAAUCUUGUGAAUACUAUUUCCGCCAUGUUCCCGUACGUGAAAGUUAUGAAGUCAAAUAUGAGCGCAGACAAGAGAAGCAUGAAAACUUGCGCAGAAGGAACAACAUAACCAUGUGCCGCCUGGUGGCUAAACGCAAGAGCAGAAAUCCCAAGGAAACACUCCAAAGCCCACGACAAAAAGAGUUCUUCAGGAGAAGAAAUUUAAUAGCGGAAGAGCAAGGAAAGAAACAAGUGAGGUCACCUCCUGCCACAGAAGCAUCUCUAGUUCUUGAGAACAAAAUGGAAGAUUUUGCAGAGGUAUCAACUGGAAUGUUUCAGAGAUCAUCUCCUACAAUUCAGGUAUCUUCCCACCUUUCUCUCAGCAAGUCUGUGGAGCAGAGUUCCAGUGAUGUGUUUGUACAUGGCAAGUUCAAUUCCUGGGAGGUCUCUUCAGAACACAAGGCCACUGUGAAGGUUUCUAUAAGCUGCAAAGGUACACAAACCAUAAAUGAGUCCAAAGUACUGAAGAAAAAUUCAGGCCAACAGACAGACUGUGGAAUAACAGUUUUAGAUAAGGAAAUAAUUCAACUUUCUAACUACCUCAAGGAGGCCCUGCAUCGAGAGCUACUGCUGAAGAAGAAGUUGAUGAUCUUACAGGAACUUCUAGCCAUGUUGCUACAGGCAGCAGAAAAAUCUUGGAAGGGUCAGAUAAAUGAAGAUGAACUCAAGAGCAGAGUGAGUGUGUUGGAGAAUCAGCUGCAGACUUCUACCCAGAGUUACUCAAAAAUGAGUUUGAAUAAAAUUCUGGUGGAGAUGGAGGCCCAAAAGCAGAACUAUGAGCAAAAAGCAAAAACAUCUCUUCAGAAAUUACUUGAGGAGAAACUGCAAGCAGAAAGGAAACUCCAGAAUGCCCAGAGAGCAUUAGCAGUUGCAGAGGAAGACUCCACCCUCUGGAAAGAACACUACAACACAUUAAAAAAAGAUUGGAGCCAGCUGAUUGACAAGUACAUUGAACUAGAAAACAAGCUCCAUGUCCUGGAGAACAAACUGCAGUGGUCAGACACUCAGAACUCUCAGCUGCACCAGGCCCUGCAGAACUUGGAGAGUGAACGUGUUACUCUCUGUUCUAAGACUGAAGCCUUACAAGAAGACAGCAGGCUCACAAUGGAGCAUGUUCCUGCAGUGGAAGGCAGGCUGAAAAUUGAAGAAAGACAGAAGCUAGCACUGGAGGAAGCAACUAAAUGUUUGCACAUAGACCAGGCUAUAUCCAUGAACAGUCAAGUCCCCAGCCCUGCCAGAGUCAGACUGAGUGACUUGUCAAAGGACCACAAGAGGGCGAAAGAGAACAGUCUGCAAGACCAGCUGCAAGAGAGGACGACCCAGUUUACAGUUAAGGAAGAAGAGGACCGCCUUUGAACCCCAGCUGUUGCCACAUCAAAGAAACUACAUGUUUUCAAGUGUGUUCUCUGCUCAGAUGUUUCUGAGACCUCUGCACCCAAGAUUUCAGCAGAGCCUUCUUACAAAACAUGUUUAAGAACACAAACUACAUGCCAAGAGAGCUCAGUGACUGCAAACUGUGUUAGGAUUUCAGCAUGAUGAACCAAGGUUCCAAUUAAAUGUGACAAUGACAUAUCCUAGAGCUUAAACUCAGAUAUGCCCCAGUCACAUAGCUGGUCUAAUUUUAACAUCCAAGGGAGCACACACAUGAUGAGAAACGCCUUUUCUCUCUACACAUUGCUUUCAUUCCCACAGUCCCUCUCCACAAAUGCUUGUCAAAUGUACUUCUAAUAUCAACUGAGAUAUAGGAUUGCCAAUCUGCAGGUGAGGCCAGAGUUCUCCCAGAAUUGCAGCUGUUCUCCAGACUUCCGAGAUCAACUCCUCUAGAGGACUCUGCAGCUUUGGAGAACUCUAUGGAACCACAUUACCCCCAUUCUCCCUUCCUUCCCCAAGCUCUGCCCUCCCGAACUCUCCCAAGAAUUUCUCAGGCUGGAGAAGGCAUCCCUACUGAGGAGAAACAUGACAUGGAGGGCAGAUUAUAAGACUGAACAGUGGACUGAGAGAGGGCUUAUCACUCAUUUCCUGCCUGUUUGUUCUUAUAGUCACUUCUAGCUUGUCCCUAAAGAUAUUAUAGAUACUUUGUCUAUUGGUACAGGGUUUGAGUUUUGAACCAGGUGUAUACCUGUAUUUCCAGGAAGUGGUGCAUAAAACCUUAUGACUUUUAAGAAAUUCAAGAAUCUUUUAAUAAUAUGUCUAUCCAUUCCUAGCUGUAGAAUGUUUUGCAUUAAUAUAAAUCUCCAACUCUGUACACUUAAAUGGAAAACAACACAAUAUUUUAUGUUUGUGACCAAUGGGAAAGAGGGUUAGAAAAAAGGAAUUCUCUGAUCUCCUUCACAGAAACAGGAUAAAUGAUGUUCCAAGUACCUAUGUACUUUGCCAGUUAGUAACUAUCUCCCUCCCAUUCAACCUUCCCCGCAAAAACAAUGCAUUUUUCAAACAAAAGAAAAAACACACCAAUUUGUUUUG